AAACAAUCCAUCCUUAAUACCCUUUCCAUGUAUUCUUCACAGCUAUAAUAAAUCUCUUAAAACCCCAACUUAAACCCCAAUUCAAAACCCUAAUUCUCUCAUUUAUGUCCCUCUAGCUUCCACUCUAGAGAACACAAAUUCUCUAAUUUGGGUUUCUUUUUGUCUCUAUAUUUUUUGUGGUUUUUUUGCAGAAAAUGGAGGGUCUUCUCUGCUCAAACACUGUCGUUUGUGAGGGCUUCUCCCCUUUUUUAAUGGAAGCUUUAGUACUUGAAACAGCCAUUGCUGCUUCAAAGGCACUUGCCUUGUCACUUUUCAUGAUGGGUUCUUUGCCUAAUGGACCCAGUGUCUUGCCAGAAGAGUCAGGCACAAGUCAAGGGUUUCCUUUGAAUGAACUUCAUCCAAAGAAGAAACCUGAUCCUGAUAAUCAAGAUGGCAAUGAUACUGAGGAUGAUGAAGGGGAUGAUGAUGAUGAUGGCCAAGAAGAUCAGGAUGAUGAUGAUGAUGAUGAAGGUGCUGAUGAGGAUGAGCCUGGCAAAGACAGUGAGGAUGGUGGGGAUCCAGAGGAUGAGCCUGAAGCCAAUGGUGAUGGUGGCAGUGAUGACGAUGACGAUGAAGAUGAUGAUGAUGAAGAAGAUGAAGAUGACGACGAUGACAAUGAUGAGGAAGAAGAUGAGGAGGAGGAGGAGGAAGAGGAUAUUCCCCAGCCACCAGCUAAGAGGAGGAAAUGAGGCUAAAAUCAUCUUUUUUCAUAUUUUGUUUUACCUCUUCUUGUUAGGGUGGGAGUUUGGGUUAAAUAGGGAGUGUAGACUGGGAGGAUUCAGGGUGUCUUAUCUGCAUCAUGGUAAAAAAGAUUGUGGUAUUUUUGUGGGACGCAUCUUGGUAUUUCUAAUGUUUAGAAUUCUGUAGUAUUUAUUCACAGUUGCAUAUUUCCCUGUGUUA